CAAACCCCUCCGCAGAGGAAACAGCACUCACUCAUUCACUCACUCACUCACUCAUUCAUUCACAGUCUCACACUCACCAACCCCAUACACAGAACAAAGAAGAAGAAGAAGAGUGACCCAUCACUUAACUGGUCCCAAAGAUUCAAACUUUGAUAACGAUUUAGAACAAGGAUGAUGUCCAGCAGCAAUAGGGACAGAGAAGAAGCGCCACUUACAUUCACGAUCCCUUCAUCUUCUUCCAAUUCCUCACCAAUCACCGUCUCCGACCAACUCGACAGCUACCUUGCAGACCCUAGGAGUGCUUCUGGAAGCUUCCAGAACGAGGGACUCCUCGGUGGCGGCGGUGGAGGAGGAGACCCUGCUGCCGAAGCCGAAUUCGGCUUCACUCGCCCGGAUUUUAGGCAGAGCCCUCUCGCCGGCACUGUCGAGCUUUAUGAGCGCCACGUGUUCCUUUGCUACAAGAAUCCUCGGGUUUGGCCACCGAGAAUCGAGGCGGCAGAGUUUGAUCGGUUGCCGAGGUUGCUCUAUGCAGCUGUCAUGGCUAGGAAGAACCACAUGAAGAAGGAGACUCGCUUAACGAUAUGUGAGGGUCAUGAUGGGACUGAAACAUCAAAUGGUGAUGUAUUGAUCUUUCCUGACAUGAUCAGAUAUAGGAGACUAACACAUUUUGAUGUUGAAACGUUUGUCGAAGAAGUUCUUGUGAAAGAUGGAGAAUGGCUUCCUGGAACCCCGGAAGCAUUGAAAGGUUCAUAUGUUUUUGUGUGUUCACACGGAUCCCGUGAUCGUAGAUGUGGGGUUUGCGGACCUGUCUUGGUCAGUAGAUUCAGGGAAGAGAUAAAGUUACAUGGUCUUCAGGGUAAAGUGUUUGUAAGCCCAUGCUCACAUAUUGGGGGGGAUAAGUAUGCCGGAAAUGUUAUUAUAUUUAAUAGGUCGUGUGCGUAUGGAGAAGUCACCGGGCACUGGUAUGGAUAUGUUACUCCAGAUGAUGUUCCUUCAUUACUUCAACAGCAUAUUGUGAAAGGAGAGAUUAUAGACUCCUUAUGGAGGGGUCAGAUGGGUUUAUCAGAAGAUGAACAAAUCAAGAGCCAAGAACAAAGGUUUCUGCUUAAUGGUUUGGGAAGUUUCGAAGAAGGCAAUGCAAUGUACAGAUCUCAUGACAACUCUGUGGGAUGCUGCCAAACAAAUGGAGUGAGCUGCUGCCAAGAAAACGGAGUCUCUUCCUCUUCUCAGAAUCAUGUGUUAGUUGAGAAGAGAAAAAACGCCGAUGUCAUUGAGACAGAGGCAAAACUCUCGGCCGAUAACAAGAGUGGUGAGACCGUGAUUUCUCGCAUCAAAAGCGGCAAAGGAGCGUCACGCAAGUUUCAUUCCAUGACAACAUGGCUUGAGAGUUGGGAGCGAGAAGAUACUUAUGCCGCCCUUGCCGUUGUUUGUGCCGCCGUAUCAGUUGGUAUUGCCUAUAACUGCUACAAACAGUUGACAUAAGAGGAAUCAACACUGGCAGUACUUUUCGGUUGUUCUGAUCACAUAGUUUUAUUUUGCUGUAUCUAGCUUCAAGUUAUGUGAUGCUAUUGCAGUUCCUCUUUGUAUCAAAAUCCUUGAUGUGUGUCCUUUACUAUUGGAGUAUUGGCUGAGGCACUUGUGUUGGGUUAGUAGUUCUCUUCAUCUGUACAUAUAAGAAACCUUAGCCCCAAUAUUCAAAUAAUCUAUUGGUAGUUUGCUUAGGGUAGAAUUUGAUGUGACCCUUUUUUAAAGUUUAUGUAAAGCAUACAGCUUUGGUGUUGCUAGAACUUUUGUUUGUUAAUCUUAAUUCUAAAGUUCUGUUCUGCAUA